CAUAACUCUCAGUUUAACCCUUCCAGCCGGCGCCGGUCCGCCGGCUUAAUUCUCCGGCACUCCGUAUAUAUUGGUCUGAACCCAUAGAGUACCGUCGUUUUGGGCAAAGGAUUCUUCUUUAUCAAUCCAAUUCGUCAUGCCGGGCACGCGGAAAUAUUCUAAUCUCAUGGAGGAGGCAGGUUCGGUCAAGAAGCCGACUCGGUCAAGCCAGCGGAAUCGAAACACCAUCUUAAAGCCGGAAAAUGAUGAAGCCAUCGAUAUCAUUGAAGAUGAAAGCAGUGAAGUCUCUCGUGGGGGUAAGCGCAAGCAAAGCUCUGCCUCUGGAACUGCUAACACUUCCAAGAAGUCAAAACCGAGCCUGGAAAAAACGACUCCGUCCAAUUCGAACAAUGAUGACGCCGUCCUCCAUGACGGUAGCAAGUGCGAAAGCAAAACGCCGACAGCAAAUUUGAAAAAGACGAGAAAAAAACCCGUUGUUGAUGGUAACGCUGACGGGGAAACCAUGUUUAUCGAAAAACCUAUCGCUGAUUCGGAAGCAAGACAACGAUGGCCGAAACGAUAUCAAGGAAAGGGAGCACAACGGGUUGUUACAAAGGUUUCCAACGACGGCUCUGAUCCAGAGGUUAUUAUUCAAGCUAGUAGGCACUAUACACAGGCAAAAGUGGAUGGUUGUGUGAUAUAUAACCUUUACGAUGAUGCCCAUGUCAAAGCUGAAGAAGGAGAAGAUAACUAUAUAUGUAAAAUUGUAGAGAUGUUUGAGGCAGUUGAUGGAGACUUGUAUUUUACUGCGCAAUGGUUUUACAGAGCUCGAGACACUGUGAUGAAAAAGUUAGGGCACCUUAUUGAUAAGAAGCGUGUGUUCUUUUCAGAAAUUCAAGAUGACAAUCCGUUGGAUUGUCUUGUUGAAAAGCUUAAUAUUGUGAAAUUAUCAUUGAAUGUCGACUCAGAGGCAAAGAAGAAAGAGAUUCCUUCCUGUGAUUACUAUUGUGAUAUGCUAUACAAGUUGGAAUAUUCAUCUUUCACUAACUUGCCUUCAGAAGAGAAAACAAAUGUUAGUGAAGAAGCUUCAUCAACAGUAUCUGAAGACAAUCUUGAUAAUGUAAUUGGUGCAAAUGAUGGUCAUAAAGAUGCUUCAUUGUUGGAUUUGUAUUCUGGUUGUGGAGCAAUGUCUACUGGCUUGUGUCUUGGGGCAAAUAUGGCUGGUUUAAAACUUGUGACCAGAUGGGCCGUGGAUAUAAAUAAAUAUGCAUGUGAAAGUCUCCAAUGGAAUCAUCCUGUAACAACGGUUAGAAAUGAACCCGCUGAAGAUUUUUUAGCAUUGUUAAAAGAAUGGGAACGGUUAUGUGCUUCAUUUUCUUUGUCAAAGUCUGAGGAUUUGGGAAAGCAGCCUUUCAACUCAUAUGACAAUGAAGAUGAUGACAAUGAUGAAGUUGAAGAUGAAACUGGAAAUGAUAGUAGUGAUGGUGAAGUGUUUGAAGUUGAAAAAUUUCUUGCCAUAUGUUAUGGUGAUCCGAAGGAGAAUGGAGAACGAGGGCUACAUUUCAAGGUUCGUUGGAAGAAUUAUGGGCCAGAAGAAGAUACUUGGGAGCCUUUAGAAGGAUUGGGUGAUUGUCGAGAAUGCUUGAAGGAAUUUGUCACGGGUGGCUAUAACUCAAAAAUUCUGCCAUUGCCUGGUGAUGUUGAUGUGAUUUGUGGAGGGCCUCCAUGCCAAGGCAUCAGUGGCUUUAAUAGGUUCAGAAACAAGGAAAACCCUUUGCACGAUGAAAAGAACAAACAACUUCAGGUUUUCAUGGACAUAGUGGAGUACUUGAAGCCAAAGUACGUUUUAAUGGAGAAUGUUGUUGACAUUGUAAGGUUUUCCGAGGGAUUUCUUGGACGAUAUGCCUUGAGUCAACUCAUUCGUUUGAACUACCAAGUCCGAAUGGGAAUGAUGGCAGCGGGUGCUUAUGGUCUUCCCCAGUUUCGUAUGCGUGCUUUUUUCUGGGGUGCUAGUCCUAAUGAAAAAUUGCCGCAAUAUCCACUGCCAACACAUGAUCUGAUUGUAAGAGGUGUUAUUCCUCUUGAGUUUGAGAAUAACACUGUUGCCUGGGCUGAAGGGCAAAAACCAGAGUUAGAAAAGAAACUUCUACUAGAAGAUGCAAUAUCUGAUCUUCCACUUGUUGGAAAUUAUGAGAAUCGAGAUGACAUGGAUUAUGACAACGAUCCUAAAACAGAAUUUCAGCGAUUCAUUAGAUUAAGCAGGGAGGAGAUGCCUGGUUCUUCAAGUGCAAAAUCUGGAAAACAUUUGCUCUAUGAUCAUCGUCCACUUCAACUUAAUACAGAUGAUUAUCAACGUGUUUGCCAGAUUCCGAAGAGGAAGGGAGCAAAUUUCAGAGACUUAUCAGGUGUUCUAGUUAAUACUGAUAACAAGGUGCAAUGGGAUCCUAAUGUGGAGAGGGUUUACUUGGAGUCAGGGAAACCAUUGGUCCCUGAUUAUGCCAUGAGUUUUGUUGGUGGAUCAUCAAGCAAACCAUUUGCUCGUCUAUGGUGGGAUGAAACUGUACCAACAGUGGUCACCAGGGCAGAACCUCAUAAUCAGGCAAUAUUACAUCCUGAACAAGAUCGUGUUCUCUCGGUUCGUGAGAAUGCGAGGUUACAAGGCUUCCCUGAUUACUACAAGCUUUUUGGCACUGUUAAGGAAAGGUACAUUCAAGUUGGGAAUGCGGUUGCAGUGCCGGUUUCUCGAGCUUUAGGAUAUGCCCUCGGAUUAGCUUACCGAGGUGCUGUUUCCAGUGAUGAACCAUUGAUGAAACUUCCUCAGGGAUUUCCUAACGUUGCGGAGAAGAUUUCUUCAGACUCCUCUCAAGAUAAUUCUUGACCCUUUUCUUCUAUUGUUAUUUAAUCUUAUUUAAAUUGUAUCGG